AUGGCAGGACAUGCAUUGAGUAGCCCCCAGUUGAUGGACGAAGCCAGAAUCGGAUUGGAGACACUGGAACAGCUAAUCGAGUCGCAUGACGUCAUCUUUCUAGGCACAGACUCCCGUGAGAGUCGCUGGCUUCCCACUGUGAUCGCCUCGUCCAAGAAGAAACUACUUCUGAAUGCAGCGUUGGGCUUCGACAGCUACCUUGUGAUGCGUCAUGGCGUUCAUCCUGAUGGUGACGCUACUAAACCAUCGCUGGGCUGCUACUUCUGCAAUGAUAUCGUGAGUCCUCGAGACUCACUGAAGGACCGUACGCUGGACCAGAUGUGCACUGUAACUCGUCCAGGUCUUGCCCCCAUAGCAGCAGCAACGGCGGUAGAACUUCUCGUCGCUGUGUUACACUCCCCUCAAGGCAAAUAUGUUGGAGCGGAGAAGCCAAGCGAUGGUUCUGUUCCCAUGGGCUACAUCCCUCAUCAGCUUCGUGGAUUCCUGAAUGCCUUCCAGAACAUGGUGAUCACUGGCGAGGCAUUCGACAAGUGCAUUGCGUGUGGUUCGAAGGUGCUGGAUGCGUACUCUGCUGAUUCGCUGGGUCUGUUGGAAAAGGCGUGCAACUCUACGGCGUAUUUGGAAGAACUCACGGGGUUGAACCAACUAACGGAGGAGGCUGACUCACUCAUGAUUGACCUGGAAGACAGCGACGAAGACGGGGAUAUGAUCUAGGCUGAUUCAGGUGAAUUCAUUUACAUUUUUAUGUAUUAGCCGACACUUCCUCGUGUGGUAGCUGUACUCCACUGUCUAUCUGAUUGUCGAGGAAUUUGGU